UGCUCACAGUGAUCUCGUAGAAAUUUUUGGUGUUGAAAAAAAUUUAAAAUUCGCUCCGUUUAAAUUUGGAAUUGGAAUACGGACACGGGGAUACGGGGAUACGGAUACUGAUACAUUAUCGACAUGAGUUACACUAAUCUCCUUCGCCAACAGAACGUGGUCGACGACUGCCAACGGGUGAGCUGCAAUCGCGGACCGGUGAACAAUCUCUCCGGUCGCUGUGUGAUCAGCCGGGACAUCGUGAUCGGCUGCCGGAUGGAGCUCUGCGAUCCAGACUUGCCCUACAUGCUGGAGCCCACUUGGAGCGUGUACCUGCGAUCCGGCAAGGAUGGCAGUGAUCUAUCCCGAUUCGUGCGAAGGGUCUCCUUCAAGAUGUCUCCGCGACUGCCGCUGAGACUACACGUGGCGGACAGUGCUCCGUUCGAGAUCAGCGAAGUGCUGGGCAGCGACUUUCCCGUGGAGGUGCAGGUAACGUAUGUGGACCCGCGAAUGUCGCCCACCACAUACAUCUUUCGACCCCGGGUGGUGCGUGAGGGUCACUCCGGCAUCAGUGAAGAGGUGCUCGACAAGAUGAUAUUCGUUAAUCCCACGCCCACUAUGAGAUUGAGCCUGACACCUGUUCUUGUUCCGGUUCUGAGUGGUCCGCACAAGGAAACGGAAUCCACUGAGUCCGAGUCGCUGUUUUCCGAUUCGAAGAACGGUGAGCGAAAGGAACAGAAUCGGGACCAGGUGGGUGAUGUGGCGCGGCCCUCUCAACUGCCAAAGACGCUGAUCAAGAAGCGGCUUAGCGUGGGCGGACCGUACACCCUUAGUCCGAAGUAGAAUGGGCUGCGCACAGCAGAGUUAAUCAGGAAAAGAUUAGACCAUUGGAGCAUUGGUAUUGAUAUGUACAGUAAAAAAUUUCCAAGGACCUAUAUAAUACUCAAGAUCAUGGAUUAGAAUAAAUAUAUUUGAGAGUCGAAA